CCUUAUCUCCCGGUUCUCGGGCAAACGCCUCCACUCCAGAGCGAGCCGGGCCGCCAUCCUCUCGCCAUGGGCUCUGGGCCGCGCGGGGCGCUGAGCCUAGUGCUCCUGCUGCUCGCGCCGCUGAGCCGCCCGGCCGCGGGCUGCCCCGCGCCGUGUCGCUGCGCCGGGACACGCGUGGACUGCGGGCGCCGCGGGCUGACGUGGGCCUCGCUGCCGGCCGCCUUCCCACCGGACACAACCGAGCUGGUGCUGACGGGCAACAACCUGACGGCGCUGCCGCUGGGGCUGCUGGACCGGCUGCCCGUGCUGCGCGCGGCGCACCUGAGCGCCAAUCCCUGGCGCUGCGACUGCCGCCUGGUGCCGCUGCGCGCCUGGCUGGCCGGCCGCCCCGAGCGCACGCUCUACCGGGACCUGCGCUGCGCCGCGCCCCCGGCGCUGCGGGGCCGCCUGCUGCCCUACCUGAACGAAGAAGAACUGCGCGCCGCCUGCUCGCCCGGCGCGCUCUGCUGGGGGGCGCUGGCGGCGCAGCUGGUGCUGCUGGUUCUCGGGCUGCUGCACGCGCUGCUGCUGGCGCUGCUGCUGCGCCGCCUGCGAAGGCUGCGCGCCCGCGCCGUACACCGCCUGUCGCUGAACGCCCUGCUCAUGGCGGAGCCGGCCGGUGACAGCGAUUCCUAGGAGAAACGGACCGGCGCUGAGCGAGGUGGGCCUGCCAAUUGGACAGGACCCUGCCCCACAGCCCUCGCCCUAACCGGGAGCCACUCUCCUCCAGCCAGGCUUCAUCUUCCAGCCCCGCCCGUCUGCAGGCCCUGGU